CACUGGGCAUGUCUGUGUUGCCGUGUACAUUGCAUGCUUGAUGUGGUGUCUGCAUGGCUGUGCUCGCUGCAUGCAUGUUUAAUAUUCAUUCAGCAAUAUAUUUGUCUUGUCUGUGCCCUUGGUGUUACUCUAGUGCUAUCUUCCUCCUGAAUGACAUAAUUACCGCUGCUGUCACAUAAAUGAACAUCUAGUGUACGUUAGCGCUCAUGCAAAUACGGAAAAACGGAGCGGGUCGCUUUAAUUUGGACGCCGUCCCCCUUGGCGGAGGAAAAAGGCGCACUUCUAUUGAAAAAGAAAUCAUCCUAGAAGAAGAAACGCUGCUAAACGGUUAUGAAGGUUUAAGAGUAGAGGCCAGUGUUGCAUUGUGAGCUUGGUCAGUAUUGUUGGAGCAUGAGGAAACCUGUGCCACAGAAAGCUAUAGAGUGGAAAGAUGCCAGAAGGAUCAAGCAUGCCCGAAGUGGACGACCCUCCCGGGUUCCCUCACAGUACCAAGGGCACUUCAGUUGGGAGAAAUACUUGAAAGAGACCGGUACCAUCGCUGCACCUGCCUCGUGCUUCAGACAGAGUACCACACCACCAGUUAAUGAGUUCAAGGCGGGGAUGAAACUGGAGGCCCAGGACCCACGGAACACCACGUCCACCUGCAUCGCUACAGUGGUGGGCCUGACAGGCUCACGGCUGCGGCUGCGCUUGGACGGGUCCGACAACAAGAAUGACUUCUGGCGCCUGGUGGACUCCUCAGAGAUCCAGCCUAUUGGCAACUGUGAGAAGAAUGGAGGCAUGCUGCAGCCACCACUUGGUUUCCGGCUCAAUGCAUCUUCCUGGCCCAUGUUCCUCCUGAAAACACUAAAUGGAGCUGAGAUGGCACCUUCUCGCAUCUUUCACAAGCAGGAGCCUCCUGCCCCAGAGCAGAACUCCUUCCAGGUGGGCAUGAAGCUGGAGGCAGUAGACCGAAAAAAUCCUCACUUUAUCUGCCCAGCCACAGUGGGUGCAUUGCGUGGCGUUGAGGUGCUGGUCACCUUUGAUGGCUGGCGAGGAGCAUUUGACUACUACUGCCGCUAUGACUCACGUGACAUCUUCCCUGUUGGCUGGUGCGCCCUCACGGGAGACAACCUUCAACCACCUGGCACCAAAGUAGUGUUGCCUAAGAGCCUUGGGGCACUGACAGACGGGAGUGUGGAGAGUCCAGCCAUGCACCCCACCCCCACAGUGGGCAGACCACCUGGUCAGAGAGGACGAAAGCCAGGCCGCAGGAAAACCAGGGUAACAGGACCCUGGGGUCAGAAGGGCUCAGUGUUGGGACCACAGAGCAUCCAGCCAAACAAAGACCUGGGGGCGGUCAAGAUCCCCAAGAAACGAGGACCCAAGCCUGGCAGUAAGUUGGGCUGGGCCAAGAGAGCUGCCUGGUUGGAAGAUGCCAUGGCCGGCCCAGGCCGGCCAGUGACAGGCCCAGGGCGAACCAGAGGCAGACUGCCUGCCAGCUGGGCACAGAGGAUAGCUCUGCAGCAGGCCCAGACCCAGGCAGAACCUAUUAAGAUCCCAAAGAAAAGAGGGCCCAAGCCUGGCAGCAAGAGAAAACCACGCGUGGUACCUAAUCCAGUCCCCACAUCUCCCACCAGCAGCACCCCAGAGCCUGACACCAGCACUGUGCCUCUGGACAAUGCCACCAUCCCCAACUCUGCACUACAGGCUCCCACAGUUUGUGUGUACCUUAACAAGUACGGCAAAGUGGGUCCCCAUUUGGAUCAGCGGCGUAUCCAGCAACUCCCAGACCAUUUUGGGCCAGGCCGAGCCUCUUCGGUGCUUCAGCAGUGUGUCCAGGCUUGUGUGGACUCUGCCCACAAUCAGGGCACAGUGUUUGCCUGCCUCAAGUCUGGACAAGGUGGCGAAGUCAUUUCAGCCUUCUUUGACCAGCAGCAGCGCACCCUGACCCUGCCUACAGUCAGCAGUGUCACCUACGUCCUCCGCUUCCUAGAAAAACUCUGCCACAACCUGCACUGCGAUCCUCUGUUUGGCAGCCAGCCUGUAGCCAGAGGAGCUCUGCACUGUGAUAGUCACCCAUACACUACAGACAGGAGAGGUUUUGGUGACAGCCUGACAACGGGCCCAGGCCGGGGCACCAAGAGGUUUCUCCAGGACUACAGAAGUCCCCUUCCCCAGAACCUGGUCAAAAUACCCCGGCACUCCAUUGAUGGCGAGUCCUUCGUGGAGAGCAGAGUUGCCACAUCAGAGCACAUAAAGAAGAGCCCUCUCUGUCCGAACUCAACGGGACAAACACCAGGCCUAAGGUCUCCCUCUAGGCUGCUGCAUCACAACAGCUCUACAGGCUCUGGCAGUUUCCGGGAGAGCCCGAGGCCCAGUGGUCAGGACCCCAGCCUGUGGACAGUGGACGAUGUCAUGCGGUAUAUCAGAGAUAUCGACCCAGUUUUAGCUCCACAUGCUGACCUAUUCAGAAAACAUGAGAUUGAUGGCAAAGCUCUCCUGUUGCUACGUAGUGACAUGAUGAUGAAAUACAUGGGCUUGAAACUCGGCCCAGCCCUCAAACUCACGUUCCACAUCGACAAGCUCAAACGGACUUGAGGAAGUCAGCUGACGAGCCGCAGUCUUCCAAAGGACUAAACUCCAACCCCACAUCCCUUUUAAGAUCAGUAUAACAUGCACUACAUAUUGGACACGUACUGACCAUUUACACGUAGCAACCUCCAUCAGAUCACCAUAUCUGAUAUUACAUACCCCUGUCCUGACCUCAUCCAAUGAGGAAUGAUUUUUGUGUAGCACAAUCCAGCCUUAAGGCAGCAUGGGAUACGUAGGAACACCCACUUAUCUGUCAUCUCCUUUGCAUUUCAGUAUAACUCGAAGAGUCAUAUGUGGCCAUUUUAACUGUAAAAGGCUUUUUGGCCUGCCUUUAUUAUUUUACAUUUAUUUUGUACAUUUCAUAUUUUGUACUUCAUAAAUAUAUGGACUUGUAUUUUUGCCUUUUUCAGAAGUUUGUGUCAGUUACUUUAAAGUAAUAAAACCCUAAUGAAAGACCAGAAAUCACUACAUUCAUCCCCGUAAUUGGGAAUGCUUCUGAUUUAAAAUCUCCAAAAUAGUUUUUACAUUUACAUUAGUUUUGGGGGGGAAAUCAAACUAUUCUGAAAAUACUGCCAUGAUGAAUUUUUUGUCUUAUUCUGGAUGUUGUAUACCAUGCUUUGUCUUGUCCUUGCUAUUUGUACUUUUUAAAUUUUUAUACUGUAAUAUUAGAGUUCCUACAUGGAGAGCCCUAUCAUACCUAACAUUGUUCAAUAAAUAU